CUCCCUCACCAAAUCCUCAGCCAGGAGAACACAAGGCUUUCUAAUCCCAGUAUUCUUCCUUCUUUAGCUCGGCCAUGGCAAGCAAAAUGCGCAUGGUGGUUCUAAGCUUUGUCUUCAUGCUACUCCUAUCCAUUGAAGGCCAGGCUAAUCACCAUUCUCCAAGUCCAGCUGCCCAGCCAGGAAACACUCCAGCCCCAACUCCUCAACCCAUCAAAUUUCCCUUGUAUGGAACAACUCAAGGAAGCCUCCAACCCCAAGAAUGCCCGGGCCAUUGCGCGUCUCGAUGCUCGGCGACUGCCUACAAGAAGCCAUGCAUGUUCUUCUGCCAGAAGUGCUGCUCCAAGUGCCUCUGUGUGCCUCCCGGCACGUAUGGGAACAAGGAGUUCUGCCCUUGCUACAACAAUUGGAAGACCAAGAGAGGGGGACCCAAGUGCCCAUGAUGGAUGAUCUGAUCUUUCUUUAUGGGCUUUCCCUGUCUUUGGAGUACAAUGUAGCUAUCUACGUUUUUUGUUGAGCCAAGUUGUAGUUAUGUUCCAAUCAUCAGGCACCUUAGCUAAAUAUUUGGACAAGGUUGGGACUGUAGCCAGGUUCCACAAUGCUGUAUUGAUGGUUGAAAGGGUACUCUCUUGUUGUAUAUAUCUUUGACUGUUCUGCUUCUUGGCCGUUCCCUAGGCUUUGUCAAGUUGGAUGCGGUGUAACUAAAUUUCAAAGUGGAUCGAGGACAUUCAGAUCAAAAUAAAAUGGGUUAAAAAGUAUGCAGUAAUACUUUCUCUCCUGAA